AAAGGAUAAUUGAUAAUAUAGCCCUAAAAAUAGGGGAAAUCAAAUAGUGAGGAUCUUGGGAGUUGCGAUGGCUUCCGCAGUGAACGGUUUCUCAUUACUAAAUUUAAAACCCCCCACUUCCCUCAGUAAACCCAGAAACCUCUCUUUGAACUUCGCGAAAAGGGCACCAUCACUUCAGAUUCGAGCCGAUUCCAUGGCGACUGAGAGGCUGGGCAUCAAGGUUGAGAAGAAUCCGCCUGAAUCUAAGCUUACUGAACUCGGCGUUCGUCAAUGGCCCAAGUGGGGGUGUGGGCCGAGCAAAUUCCCAUGGACAUAUUCGGACAAGGAGACAUGCUAUUUGCUAGAGGGAAAGGUAAAGGUUACUCCAGCAGGCUCAGAUGAGGGGGUCGAGAUUGGCGCUGGGGAUUUGGUUGUGUUCCCAGCGGGAAUGAGCUGCACUUGGGAUGUCUCAAUUGCUGUGGAUAAGCACUAUAAAUUUGGUUAGUUGUAUCUAAAGCCCUUUGUAUGUUCAUGAACUCCAUUGCUCCUUUUCUUUGUUCAAUCGAACCGAACCGAACCAAACCGGAUUUAUAGGUUCUAUUACUGAAUUGCUUAUGCCACAAACUGAGUAUCAAUCCAAGAUCACAUUUGAGUUUGAUGCUCACAAUUAGAACC